AUGACUGAGCAAGGGAAUACAGCCCUGUACUGUAACAAUGUUCCUGAUAUUAUUGUUCCAGGAAAUACCUAUGCUACCCAACCUGAGUACACUGUGGUCUCUGAGAGCAUCGAACAGCCUUUGAGGGAGACCACUUACCCAGUGCCAUCAAAAGUGACCCUGUGUGACUCAAGAAGGCCAAACUUGGAGAUCCAGAAGCCUACAAGAAUGUCAGAUGCACAGCGUCAAGUACCUGGGCUCCAGCAUCCCUCAACAACAACCAAUUUUGAGUCUCCCCCUGGAGUCACUCAGUACUCAGAGGGACCAACAGCUGUCCAGGCUCUACCUGGAGACCCUCAGAAUCCCCCGAAUGUUGUUCCUGGGCCAACAUACAUCCCAAACCAGUCCCAGUGGAGCGUGUCAUUUGGAUCAUUCACUGCAUUUGAUCCCAAGAAAUUCAUCAAUGAUGAAGUCAGAACAUUAGGGGCCAUCCAGAUCUUCAUCGGCCUGAUACAUAUUUUCAUUGGAGUCAACCCUGUGCUAUAUGACUUCUACUCUGUACUCGGGACUUCAGGGUACCUGUUCUGGGGAGGAAUCACUUUUAUUGUGUCCGGAUCCCUCUCCAUAUGUGCUGAGAAAGACCACAGCUCCUGCGUGGUGAAUGGCAGUAUUGCUGUAAACAUCAUCAGCGCCCUCUUCUCCCUCGUUGGGAUCUUCAUUCUCAUUGCUGACCUGAGCGUUUACCCAAUACUCAUAAAGAGAUACAAAAUGGCAAUUUCUGGUGGUCUCCUCCCAUUCGUCCUGCUGGAGUUUAUCCUCACUUGUGUAGUCUCCCAUUUUGGGUGCCAGGCUGUCUGCUAUAAGCAUUUUCAGGACACACCAAUGUUUACAACGAUGUUCGGUGUCAACACAACCAACACAACCUUCGGCCCUAUCAACACCGCCACCGGCCCUGUCAGCACUGCCACCACCCCUGUCAACACUGCCACCGGCACUGUCGGCACUAUCGUCCACCCUGUUGACCCUGCCUCUGGCACUGUCACCACUGUCGUCGUGCCUGCCAACACUACACCCGGCCCUGUCCACACUGCCACCAGCCUGGCCAACAUUACCACCAUUCCUGCCUAUGCUGUGUACCCCAGCCAUGCAGCUCCUCAACCUUCAUACCAGAAAGUAGCUAAUGUUGCCCAGAGGUAG